AUGGAAGCAGAAUCAAAAAAUGAUAUGCUGGCGCUUACUGAUAUUGUGCGCGAUAUUGGCCGCCAGCAGGGGGAAAACGUAUAUUACCGGACCUGCUACCGUCUCCUCAAAUAUCUACAGGACUCAGUGGUUCGGGCUGUGGAAGACUUGGAACGCAUCACCGCCCCACCUCUAAGCUGCCCUGAAGACUUUGUUGCCGCCCAGGAGGUAGCCAGCAGCCUCCGAAAACUAGCACAAAGCCUCAUAUUGCAAGAGCAGGCAGCACUCUCAGCAUUGGCUGAUCUGUAUUCUACCCACGAGUCUCAUCCAUGA